AUGGCAUAUUGGAGAAACUACAGGAAGUUUUCUUCUGAAGUACAUGCAUUGGCUUUAGGAAAUGACAGUGACGAAGAAAGCGUUUCUUUGCAUCCUGUCCAAAGUAAUUUGUUUGAAUCCCAGAAUUCCACCAUUAGUGAUCAAUCUGGUAUUAGUGGUCACUCUGAUAUUAGUGGUCAAUCUGAUAUUGACUCUGACGGACUAGAUUUAGUUAUUGAUUCUUCUGAUUCAAGUCAAAGUGAGGUUGAAAGUGCUCCUCCUAGCCCACUCCCUUCUUCAGAUGUAACUUUGAAAAACGAACUAGCUGCUUGGGCUACCAGAAACCGGUGUACUCGCGAUUCACUAAAUCAACUGCUUCAGAUAUUUAAUUUGCACGGCCAUAGCUUGCCAAUGGAUGGCCGCACUCUUUUGCAGACUGCCAGGAAUAUAACAACCCAGAUGAAGUGUGGUGGUCAGUACAUUUAUUUUGGAAUAGAAGCUGGUAUUGUCCAGAUUUUAUCGAAGUAUUCAUCUGCUGUUGAUAGAUUAGGUGAUAUUGAUUUGGUCGUUAAUGUUGAUGGUCUUCCCCUUUUUAAGUCAACGAAUCACCAGUUUUGGCCAAUUUUGGGUCGAUUUAAUAAUCUUGAGGUUUUUGUAAUUGGGUUGUUUUAUGGAAAUACGAAGCCAGUUCCUGUUGGGGAAUACUUGCAAGAUUUCAUUGAGGAGGUCAAUAAACUAAAUGAUACCGGAAUUACACAUGAAGGGAGGAACUACAAAUUUGUAGUGAAAUGUUUUUGUUGCGAUGCCCCUGCUCGUUGUUACCUGAAAUGCAUUAUUGGUCACACCGCCUACUUUGCAUGCGAACGAUGCACCAUGAAAGGUUCAUGGGAUGGAAGGGUUGUUUUUGAUGCCGAUAAUGAUGCAGCUGUUCUGCGUACUGAUGAACUUUUUUUGUCCUGUUCUUAUGAAACCCAUCAGAAACAACCUUCUCCUCUCUUGUUGUGCGGUGUUUCAUGUGUUAAGCAAUUUAGCUUAGAUUAUAUGCAUAUGGUUUGUCUUGGCGUCACAAAACGUAUACUGCACUACCUCAAGAAGGGGCCUCGUAAGUGUAAAUUGUCUUCCCAACAGUUUUCACAAAUAUCAGAUAAUUUGAAAGCUUUACGAGGUGCAAUGCCUAGCGAGUUUGCCAGGCAACCAAGGUCACUUGUCGAACUUGAAAGGUGGAAAGCAACAGAAUUUCGUAAGUUCCUGCUCUACACUGGAGCAGUUGUAUUGAAGAAUGUGGUGUCAAAAGAUAUUUAUCAGCAUUUUCUUUGUUUGUCUGUUGCAAUUUCAAUCUUGUUGGACUCUGACAACAAUAAGCGAAAUUCACACUUGGCAUUUGCACAGGAUCUGUUGCACUACUUUGUAAACAAUGCAAAGCAUGUUUAUGGAAACACUUUUACAGUGUACAAUGUUCACAGCUUGAAGCACCUGCCUGAGGACGUACGGUAUUUUAAGUGCUCUUUAAAUGAGAUUUCAGCCUUUCCGUUUGAAAACUUUAUGCAGCAUUUGAAGAAGUGUGUAAGGAACGGGCAAAAUCCGAUUGUCCAAGUGGCUAAGCGACUAGGAGAGAAUAUGGAUGCAGGUGCAAAGCAACAUGUUACCUCAAAUUUUUCCAAGAUAGGAACAGUAUCUGAUAACAUCAAGGACAGUUGUUUUUUGCUAGAAGGAAACAGAUUUGCCUUUGUUCAGGAGAAAAGAAGCAACGGGACAUUUGUAUGUAACAUUCUUGAUGAUCGUCAGUUAGAAAACUUUUACUCCAGCCCAGCAGAAUCAAAGGUUUUAAACGUGAAUUAGGUUCGAGAUACGCAUCACAAAGCAAAGCGUGUUCUUUUGGAGGCAUCAUCGUUUAUACGCAAAGCUGUUUGUUUGCCAGUUAGUGAAGGACAUGUGCUUUUCCCAUUGCACCAUGAAGUGGAAAGAUGUUAACUUGCAGGUUACUGACUCUGUUACAUUUCAUUUGUUGCAUGUAAGUAGCCUACUGUAGUUGACACUCUGUCAACAAGUCGCAGUAAACGGAAACGUAGCGUCGCCGUCAGUAAGAAUUGUUCUUCAGGUUUGUCUACAUUAUAUAAAGUUAUUUCAGGAUUUGCGAAUUGUACGUUAAUAUUACACCAAAUAUAUAUUGUACAGUCUCGUAUUUUGAUUAGCUAUAAUUGUGAUAAAUAUGGACCACAUUUAUGUAUAAACCUGGAUCAACAUCGGAUAAUGAGUUGUAUUGUAGUUUACUGAGUUUACAUACAAUGUAUAUACUAUAUUUACUAUCAGUUAAAGUGUGACUAACACCUUUGACAAAUUUUUCUAUGUAUUAUUUGGAAAUGUCAUUUUCACUCUCAAACUUUUGAAUAUGAGGUAAUUAUAUAAUUAGGGACUUGUUAAUUACCAUCACUAGACAAAAGAAAACUAAUUUGCAUUUUUCUUACAAUGACCUCAUAAUAAAAAGUUUGAGAGUAAAAAAGUCUAUCAAGAAGAACUUUUUUGUUAUAGAGCUUUAUUACAUUUCUUUAAAUGAUCCAAAUAAUACAUAGACUAAAAUUUGUCUAAGGUGUUAAAAUGUAACCUGCUUUUUUAACUAGGCAGCCUUCCACCAUUGCCGCGAUUUCGUCCAAGUCCUGAUCUACAGAAUGGCUUUGACGUAAUUGACAGUCUUACCAAAUUACUUGACAAGUCUAACUCCCCAGCCAAGGCCUCGCCCAGCUUGGAUUUCGAUAAUUUGGGACCGUCUUCUUCUGAGGAAUCUGAGCAUCUGAUCCAGACCCCCAAAAGAAGGAAGAGUCAACCAGGUAACAGUAGUAUUCGUACGCCUGGAUCCUCCCGAGUUUCACCAAAGAAAUCAAGAAAAGGUGUUGCAACGAGUGACAAAGAGCGCCCUUCAGCAUCUCCAUUCCCAAUGCCAGAAGCACGUAAGUAUAAUAAUGAAUAUAUAUUUUUUGUAUCAGGUGUUUAUUUUUCCUUAUUGUUACUUUUCUGCCCAUUGAGCAUGCACUGACUAUACAUAUUAACCGUGUGAGGUUUAAUUGUACGAUCCUGAAGUAAUAAAUAAUAUAUUAAUCAUAUUAUUAAACUGAACGACAAAAUAUAAAGCAAUUAAGUUAAACCUCGCUCUUGUAGCUUUUUAGUUUGUUUUUUUAAUUUUUUCAUAAUAGCUACUACAUCAUUUAACAACUUCUUAACCAAGUAAUUGCUUAAUUAUUUAUUAGGGUUUCAAAUUAUUGUUUCAAAGUUUCAAAUCAAAUUAUUGUAAACAUUGAAUAAUAAAACAGCAAGAAUGCGAACUGGACUCGAAGUCCUAUAGUCCAGUGUGAAUUUCAAGCAAUUGACAUGUUUACUUUCUGUUUAUAUAGUACUGUAUGUUUGUAGUUUUAAAGGUAUAGUGCAUGUCUCACAUGGGACUUCGAGUCCAGUUCACACUCUUGCUGUUUGGUAUUAUUUAGUUCAAUAAUGUCCAUAUGUUUAAUAAUGUUUACUAUCCGUUAUUAUAAUUAGAAAUAUUCUCAUGAAAGUAUUAAUAGAGAAAAUACUUAAAUAGUUUUAACACUUGUCAACUACGGAAUUUGAUUACUUCCAUUUUAUCACAGGUUUUCAAAAAAGGGUUCUUCAUCUCCUAACCGAAAUCCGAGACAGCUUGCAGCAAGUUGGAAAAACAUUUGAACCAGCAGAUUCCGCAUUUCAUUUGGAGCAAUUAAAAACUAAGGAAGAAUUUUGCAAGAUGGAAGAGCAUCUUCGUGAUGUGGAGAAAAAGAACAUGGUGGUAAUAAUAAUGAGAAGAAGAUGAAACUAUAAUACGUAUAUACAUGUUUACAUACGGUUGUUGAAUGUCUUAAAUGAUUAAUUUUAUGUUUUGGUCUUAUUAAAGGUGUCCAGAAUUACCAAAAUAGGUGGUUCGACGGUUAAAGACAACGUUCGCAACGUUAUGAGCAGGUAUAGUUUUAUAUUAGCUUUUUCUUAUACAGUAUAUAUACGCUUUUCCCCUUCGGUGUUGUUGAGCACUCUUUGGAGUUAAUGGGCGUCUAUUAGCGAUAAUGCAAAGCCCACAACCAUUGGGGGGUUGUUUGAGCAUUCUGACCCCAUAACACUCUGCGCAUGUCUAGAUAUGUUAGACCCCGUUCACACGAGACCGGACGAAUUCCGGACCGUGCUCAAAUUCGUCCGGUUCCACUUGUUCACACGAGAAAACGAACAAAUUCGAGCACCGUUUUCCCGUGUGAACAAGUGGAACCGGACGAAUUUGAGCACGGUCCGGAAUUCGUCCGGUCUCGUGUGAACGGGGUCUUAGUGUUUCCGUGUUGUACCGCGUUCGUUUGGUGAGGGCAAGUUUACGUAUACAUAUAUACGAGGGUACUACAUGUACCAAGCUGCAGUGACGAGGCGUUGGACGCUGAAACACGCAUGUCUGCAGAUCGUACUAUAUAUAAGCUAUGCCUGUAUAAGCUGUACUUCGCUGCGCUCAUUCGUAAACUAUUGUUUUCACCACUCGAAGGAAAACUUCAUAUGUUCGCACCACCGUGUAUAUCCUCAAUAUAUUUACAACGUUUCUCUGUAUGUGUUAUUGAUUAUAAAUUGUUUCUCAUUUUUUAGACUAAUGACAAACGAAAUUAUGUCUACGCUGAACAUGGAUGGGCAUGGCGAUAAGACUGCCUUUAGACCGACUGCCUUGUUUAAAAUAAUAACAGGUUUGGGAACAUAAAUUUAUCUUGAGUUUUAUAAUACUUUGAAAAGUUGUCAUGCAUGGGAGAUUUUCUUGUUUUGAUGGUUUCAACCAAUAACAUUGAAGAGGAAAUCUGUUACUAGUAAUACUCGUGUCUAGACAAAAAGGUGUGAUAACUUGCAAAUGAUCUUCAAAACUUUCGUAUUUAAACGAUCAAACUUUUCGUUCAAACUCUUUGAUUCCAAGUUUAUAUGUGGAAAGUGCAAUAUUUCAAACGAAAACUUUCUAACUCUAAAAGUAUUGUUUAAAAUAAUACAAUGCCGUUUUUUAGACGGCACCGAUCGUGAAGUGCUUAUACUGAUUGGUUCCAAUACCUACGUCUAACGCAAUCAAAACCCGUUAUAAUUAACCCUUCACAUAAAAAACUGUAAGAAUCCACCUUAAUUAUUACGUACCAUUAUGAUCUUAUAUACAUUUUACUGAUGUAUCGAUCGACUUGCAUUGUCGUUUUAGAAAGCGUGUUAAAGAAUUUUAAUUCUAAUGAAAGCGAAGUCGCCGAAAGCGUAAAAAGAUUUCUAAAGUAUGCCCCAGAUAGAAAAGGCGGGGAAAGAAGUAAAGCAAAGAAAAAGGAGGACUAA